AUGCCGUUCGGGCUACCUUUCAUAGCCCGGCCUGGACAAGAGGGUUUCGACCAAUAUGGACGAAUGAUCCCGCCAGAGCUACCUGAAGGAUGGGACGGUUGGGGUCGACCACUGGUCGGAGCAAACGCUCAACCUGGUGGCGCUCAACCGCCCAACAUUCCACCUGCUGGCGGUGUCCAACCUCAACCUCAAGGCGCUGGCGAAGCUCAACCUGGUUUCGCACCGACCAAUACACGAGAUGCUCCAUUCACCGUCACUCAGUCGACCUCGAGUUCCACUGGGACAGGGAGACCAGAUCAACCUUCCUGCUUUGAUCGGCCACCGGCUCCUGCUGAUUCAUACUUCCGUUACGCUGAUUUCGAGCCGUUCUCAUUACCUGCCUCGUCACUGAAUCAUAUAUGGGAGCUGCAUCUGUCCCGUGAAUUUGUCGGGCACGAUGUCAGCGAAGAGGAUUGGGAGAAGUUUGUCAACGAUCUGGCACGAGAAGCGCUUCAGAAUGCCCCGCACAACUGGGCUCGAGGCGGACGAAACGAAGGGACCUUGGGUCGAGGACCAGCUCCGGUCCUCUCUGACGCGGUGCAUUCUCUUCUCGCAAGCUGGGCUGUGGCAUUCUUCGCGCCUAGAGGUAUUCGAGUCUAUGCGGCACAAGACGGCAAGCGGGUGAUCCCUCUACCUAUCGAUCCGAGCAGUACAAAAAGAGGAUAUUCACGACCCGAUGAAUGGAGUGAUGAAGAUGGUCUCUCGGAUGAAGAGGACGAAAGCGAUUGGGCGGAAGAGGAAUCUCGAGCUAGACGAGAUGAUGCUUAUCUUCCCCGAAGGGAAAGGGAGGUAAGGCGCGACGAACGAAUGAGAGCCAGACGUAGGGAUAGAAGGCGUAGAAGGGAUAUGGAAGUGGAAUCGAGAAGAUCAAGUAGGAGAAAAGAUAGCGGGACAUGGGAGGUCCAUUUCAUAGCUGCUACGCCCACCAUCUGGGUAGCUGGGGCCAGGCCGAGGACGUAUGGCGAGCCAGUCGUCCGGCUCAGGCGAUGA